ACUGCAACGACUCUGACACAUCCACACUCGUACAACAUGUCUGGCAUUCCCGCGUACGCCAUGGGUGGCUUGUGUCUCGCUGGGGGUGUGACUGGAUUUGUUCGUACACGCUCCGUCCCGUCCCUCGUUGCUGGCGUUGGUGUCGGUCUUUUGUACCUCUGGAGCGCCGAGGCCAUUAAGAAGGGCCACCCGAAUGGCGUAGAAGGUGCCCUGGGUGCAUCUGCCCUCUUACUUCUUUCCUCACUUCCCCGUGUGGCGAAGGGCCCAGUCCCUGCUAUACUCGCUGCGACGAGCACGGCUGCAGGUUUGUAUUAUGGCAAGACAUUGUACCAGCUGCGGAACCACGAGUUUUAACGCACAGCUCGUAUGGUGACACAUGUCCACGUUCGUCUCACUAUUGUAUUUCUAUGUCCGCUAUCGGGCUACGCUUUCUUUGAGCUGUUGCAAUCACACCUCAUGCACAUGUUCG